AUGGGAAGAUCGCCCUGUUGCGAGAAGAACGGCCUGAAGAAAGGCCCCUGGACUCCAGAGGAAGAUCAGAAGCUCGUCGAUUACAUCCAGAAACAUGGUUAUGGCAACUGGCGCACUCUCCCCAAGAAUGCUGGGUUGCAAAGAUGUGGGAAGAGUUGCCGUCUCCGGUGGACGAAUUAUCUCCGUCCGGAUAUUAAAAGGGGUCGAUUCUCCUUCGAGGAAGAGGAGGCGAUCAUCCAGCUGCAUAGUAUCCUCGGAAACAAGUGGUCGGCGAUCGCGGCUCGGUUGCCCGGACGGACCGACAACGAGAUCAAGAACUACUGGAACACGCACAUUCGGAAGCGGCUCCUGAGGAUGGGGAUCGACCCGGUCACCCACAGCCCGAGGCUCGACCUCCUCGACCUGUCCGUCAUUCUGGGCUACUCCUCGUCGUCGACCUCUGCCUUCUCAUCCUCGCAGCAGCCGAAUUUCUCGAGGCUGCUGGGGGUGCAGUCGUUGAUCAACCCUGAGAUCCUCCGACUCGCCAACUCCAUCCUCUCGUCGUCAACAACAUCACAAACACAAUCCACGUAUCAUCAACCCGAGAGUACUCAAACCCAAAAUCAGAUAUUUCUCACACCCGAUCAGCAAAUACAAUACCAACCGGAACCGGUCCAACCGGCCUGCUCAGGAUUCCAAGAAUUGACGGCUAAUUGUACGACGACAACCGCCACGACCACCGCAACGACGACGGCCAUGGAGAACACGCCACGUGUCCAGUUCUCCGACGUCGAUGUGGUCCCCACGGUUUGGCAGAGCAAUUAUAUGGACGGCGGCGGCUAUGAUAUCCAGCAUGAUUACUUCUACGGGUCGGGUCAACACGAUCAAACGGGCGGUGGUCUCGUUGACCCGUCAACGACGACGGAGAGCUGCUUUGGCUUCCCGCCGGCGUCGGUAUUGUCGACGCCGUCAUCGAGCCCGACGCCGUUGAAUUCGAACUCGACUUACAAUAACUUGAGUACGGAGGACGAGAGGGAUAGCUAUUGUAGCAAUGCGUUGUUGUUCGAUAUGAUGGCCGAUAGUAUUUUGGAUGUCGGUAAUUUCAUGUAA